AUGAACAACAUUGCAGCCGACCCGGCUCUUGAAGCGCAGCCCAAUUUUGAAUCCAAUGCAUAUGCAGGGUGGCUCAAUGCCCUAGUUAAUGCUGGUGUUGCAAGGGCAGACGCCCUCACACAGAUGAUAGAUGGCUGGAGGUGUGAGCGCCAAGAACGCAUAGACCUCUGGCAAGAGCAGCUUGAGGAAGAGAAUGAGUGCCACGAAGCGGAGAAAAAGAAGCCCAAGAUUAACGAUUUUGAUGCGAAUACACUGGUAGCUGAUGUUCUUGUUCUGCGCCCAUCCCAGUUCGCACUGCAGAAGAUCAAGAACGUGGAAUACAUGGAACUAUGGUACUUUAGCCCAGAUGGCUGCCGGGAUGCUUUUGACAGUUCUAGAUCGUCCGCAGAGGACGCGUUUGGACUCACGAAGGUUGACGGAUUCAUUGCUUUCAAACCCAUUUCGUCCUUCAAAGCCUCGCAGAAAGCCCUGCAAGACCACGACCUCUUGUGGCAUCAGUUCGACAUUGCUAAGACAAGCUUCUUGGUCCACAUCGAGAAAUGUGCAUGGCCAGAAAAGCACCAGCAGGUGCUUGCUUUAUUCUUCAUGCUCAUAACCAACCACAAGCACAGAAUGUGCCCACGAGGAGAAAAGACCCUCCUUUGCUACGUGGGGCUGGUACAUUGGGAGUGGCACAAUCGCCUGGCCCAGAACCAGGGUUUCAACAUCAGCAUCUUCAAUGGAUCCUUAUACAGCACUCUAUCCGAUGACAUUUGGGAGGCAGAGUGCGACGAAGGGAUCAGGCUGGUACAUCUCCUCAUUCCUUAGAUCGAACAAACCUGACAAAUCAUUUGCUUUCUACCCUCGCUUUCACGCUUCCCACCCAUGUGACGCAUGCCACCCGCUUUCGCUCUCGCACCUCACUGGGACACACUACCUGCCCGCUUUGCACUGGCAAUGGCAAUGC